CAGAGCGCUGCUAGGCGUGUCGCAAGUAGCUUCAAGUUCUUCACAGAUCAUGGCGAUCACUUUACUUAUCGGUUUCAUUUGUGUCGUCUGCUAUAAAGUUUCCCUUGCAGGUGAUCCUUGUGAAAAUUUCAAGGUAUUUCCCAACGAAAUUCUGCGAAACACGAGCUAUGAAUCGGGAAGUUCGGGACGUAUCAGUGAUCAAUACAUUACAGAAGACUGGUAUGGCAGCUUGAAGGAAUUUCCAACAGACCCGCCAGGAGUCAACAAAUGCGGAACCAGUUUUCCGGUGUGGGCUAAAGAAGAAGUGAUCGCUGACGAUGGAAGCAUAAAUGUAACAAUGUGUACGCAGAUACCGGGCAAUGAGUGUAUUGAAUCGUUCAUAAUACAUGGCAAAAAGUGUGAUAAUUUCAAGAUUUAUUAUCUGAAACGAACAGGCACAGAUUCGGCAUACUGUUUGGAUGCAACAAAGGAAGCUGCGCCAGAACAAGUGAUGAAACCAGUCGUAAAUCCGGAUUUGAUACAGCUCACAAACAAUGAUGCAUUAAUAUUUCGCUGUACUUUUGAUAAAUCUACUGCGGACGUGUUUUAUAAGAUCUACUGGUACGUUGAAAAUAAGACCUUGCCAUCAUCGCAGCCACACAAAUGGAUUGACCGUGAAAAAAAUAAUGUACUUAAUGAGACCACGAUAAAAGACCAUGGGUGGGAUAGAGUUGGCUUCCAUGUUUACUGUAGUGUCAGAUCAAGUUAUAAAGAACAGUCAGCAGAGAGCUUGCCCAUUUUCAGCGAUGCAAAAUAUGUAGGAAUAAAGCUGUACAAUACAACAGUCCAUUUGCACAGUGAGGCAAUAAAGAUAUUUUUUAAGCUGACUGCUCCCUUUGGGUGCCUAGGCGGUACGGAGUGUUCACUGCAUAUUCAGCUUUUGGAAACAGAAUCCAAUCCUGACAAAACUUGCACACGACAGAAUCUUGUAGCAUCUGACUGUGGUAUUAAAGUGAAGAAAGGCGAUUGGGACAAUAUCCAAAGUAUUACAAUCAAGGGCCGAAAUAAUGUAGAUAAAUAUAAGGAUAAAACAUUGGAAACAGUAAUGAAGCUCACAACAUCACCUAGCAAUUGGAAUCACGGAAUUUGGGCUAAUUACACAGAUUUUGGAUAUGUUGUGAUUGUAACGACGACAAACACGUCAAAGAUAGAGGGUAAAAUGUGUCGCGCGGUCUGUGACCCUCAUAUGACAACACUGGAUGGCAAAUGGUACGAACACCAGUAUGAAGGGAUUUUCACACUGUAUGCCAACGUGAAGCUUGAAGCUGAGGUACAAGUGGAGACUGCACCUUGUGGCUUGGCAUUCUGUAUAUGUGGUCUCGUAGUCAGAGCUGGCAGGACUGUGUUCGCUAUUGAACAGUGUCAUAGGCAGCGAAAUAUAGAUUUCCUGUUUUGUGAUGAUGAAGACGAUGUUUUGGAUGUCAGGAGAAGAUCUUCAACACAAUACGAGAUACUAUUUCCAUCUGGCACGAUUGUAAAAGCGAAUUUGCUGAAUUAUGGAAGUUAUUUUAUGGAUAUCUAUGUUGUUCCUUCCGUCCACGAUGUUGACAACAGUAGAGGACUUUGUGGCAAACUUUCCGACACAGACACAGAUGACUUUGUAAAGAGAAAUGGAUCAGUUAGCGAAUUCUCGGAAUCAUGGAGUUGCAUUUGGGGAGCGGUGUAA